AUGUUCAAGAAAUUCUCCAAAGAAGACGUCCACACCCGGUCGAACGUCAAGUCUUCGGUGCAGCGCGGCCUCAAGACGAGGUUUGUCGAGCAGUAUCCCGGAUUCGAGCCCAUUAUCGACGAGCUCGUGCCCAAGAAGUCCACCGUUCAGCACUACAAAUGCGAAGACAAAAUCCAGCUCUACUUAGUCGAUGGAGAGGUGCUGUUUUACCAGAAAUUCGACGAGUUGCUGCCAUCGCUCAAGCUCGUGCACAAGUACCCUACCUUAUUUCCUAGAGUCCAGGUCGACAGGGGAGCGAUCAAAUUCGUGCUAUCGGGAGCCAAUAUUAUGUGUCCUGGACUGACUUCCAAAGGAGGCUGGCUGCCCGAGGAGGAUAUUCCAAAGGACACCACUGUGGUGGUCUACGCCGAGGGGAAGGAGCAUGCGUUGGCCGUGGGCAAGCUGCUAAUGAGCACGGACGAAAUCAAGAGCGUCAACAAAGACAUAGGUAUUGAGCUGUACCACUACCUUGGAGACGGGCUGUGGAAUUUCCGUGAAUAG